AUGCCGGGCGGCGUCCCUCACCGCGCAACCUUUGGACCAACGCCACCGCCAUCACGGACGACCUGCUCCGCAAUUCCCGUGUUGCUCCCCUCCGUAGUCCUCUCCUUCUUUUGUCAAUUCCGCAUCUCAUCAGAAUGUCUCUCUCCUCCGGGGCCCGUCUCACCUCCGCCCUCUUCCGACACCGACAGGCCAUCACGCAAGCUGCACGUCCUUUGUCUACACAAACCAUAUCCUCCUCCUCACUGCCCUCGUCCUCCGAACUUCCCGCGCCCUUUACCGACGGUGGUCCGGGCACUGAAAAGCGCUUCGUCCGCAUCGCUGGCCCGUCAAGUUACGCUACCAAAACCGAUCUGGAGCUCUUCCUGUCUGCUCAAGGCAUCAAGCCCGAGCCGCCUUCCGAUUCUCCCGACAUGGUGCGCGGCCUAGUCCAAGGGCAAAGCGACGUCUUUCAGAACCAAUCGGUCUGGGUUUUCGAUGCCGGCUCGGCCUCCGCCGCUGCCGACGUCGCCUCGCGCGUCACGGGCCGCGUCGCAGGCCUCAAGCUCGUCCGCGCCGCGCCAGUCGAUCUCAGAAUUGUCGAGGAGAUGCUCGCAGUGCCGUCCACAGGACCUGGGCAGAGGAGGGGGCGCACGUCGCUCCGCAGGAGGAUGAAUGUUAUCAAGCCCCAGCCCGAAGAACGUGGACGGGCCUUGCUCGCCACUAAUCUUCCAUUCAACAUGUCCCCUAGGCUUUUGUGGGGCUUUUUUGCGUCGUACGAGCUUGUGGCCGUCAGGCAUUUGCGCAAGUCAGGCGUUGCUUGUUUGGUUUUUUCGACCGUUGAAGAGGCCUAUCGCGGUAUGAGGGAGAGGGCCAAUUUGCCUAUUCAGGGGAACAAGCAACAUAUUUCGCUCAAAUUGCAUCAGUAGUUGCAAUUCCUCCUUGCUGCCCUGCUUUGAGUACGAUAUGAUGUACUGUAGAAGCUUGCAAAUUGUGGAGGAUGGGUGGGCGGAGUAGGAGCAGUGUCUUGACAUGUGAGUCGGAAUCACUCAAGGUGCACUUUGUUUCUAUCAUGAUCUCAUCGAGCCUUGGAAAAUUUUGCGAGCAACCUGAAAAUGGAAUCCAAGUUAUCAGCACUGCCGCGAGACAAGGCGGUUACCCUUUAUUUCACAGACAAGGACAAUUGGCGGUGGGCCGGCUACUAGCAAGCAUCAACUGAAUUCAGCAAAACUCUACUUUUCACCGUCUGGCUCAAUGGGUACACUGGACGGCCGGGAUCCACCAUCCGGACAUCUAUUUACAUGAAGCCCAGUAUCGAGGGCCGUGACAAGUGCCUUUACGAGGUCGCCAUAGACAUCAUUGUCACCACGACAUAGUCAAGAACUGGGGUGCCAUAUUUGUUGACUCUAAAACCCUUAGUGUCGGGACACACACACCGUACACCAUAGACGUAACAACGUCGUUUGCAUGAAGGCACGCUUCCAUGCUAGUGGAAUGGAGCCAACCGAAGCUGCAUGAUCUACAUACACGACUUAACCGUGUAGAGGGGCCCUAGCAAAUUACCUUUCUGAAGUCGUAGACGAGGUGCACGAAAGGGAAUCGCAUGCCUGGGUGACUAACUUUAAAUAGUGGUCCAGUGCCUUCUUGUUGGGUAAAUUGUGUGAACAUGACUUA